GAUGUGCUUCUUCUAAGUAUAGAGCUUAAGAUUGUUUUAAAUUUGAAACCAAUGAUGAAAUAGUAAUUGUUAAAAAUAUAAGUUAAGUCUUAAGGAAACAUAUUUACAUAUUUAUUUUUGGAGUUGCAACUGAAUAGUAGGUAAAUAACUAAAAUCAAUUUCGUUCAAGUUCAAAAUAACUGUUUUUUUUUGGCAAUUUAUGCCAACAUUUGGAAAAAACUAAUGAACAUUUCGGAAAAUGAUCUCUAAAGAACCCGGUCAACCUCAAAGAAGUUUAAUGUUUUCAAUCCCGAAUUCAUAGCUCCACCUUAAAAUACAAAAUCAAUUUUGAAUGUAUAAAUUCCCGCUUUUUUGCAUUCUAUUGCUGUGUUUUGUGACGGUUUUCUCAGUUUCCCACCCCACCAAGACAUCACGAGUCAUGAAGUACGAGCAACGGCAAGUGGCGACUGACGAGUGACGACUCGCUUAACCGCUUUCGAACACCACGGUACUCACGUGCUUUUCGAAUAAUUCGAUCUUGUUUGCCGUUGAAGUUGUUUGUUCGUCUAAAACGUACGCCGUUUAUUGAUCGUGCUGUCGCACUUCAUCCUUUAAAACUUUGACCAUAGGUCAUACCGCAGACUAUUUGUUCGUGUGAUUCGCUGUUUCGUGCUACUUGUCUUUUGAUCAUUGACUCUAUAAGUGACAACCUGUACAAGUGCAGAAACAUGAUGAACAUCGAGGAAGAAAUCGGUCUCCCCGUUCAUUUGUUGGACCACGAUUAUUUUCGUCCAGUUGUUUACGAGAACAAUCCAAAUGAAGAAGUAACUGAUGAAGAUGAAGAAGUACUGGAAGAUGAAGAAGUACUUGAAGAAGAUCCGGAAGAAAAUGCUUUGAAUCAAGUACCACUAGUACCAGUAACCUACAGAGUGAUUCCUGGGGUUCACCAUGGUUCAAGGGUUUAUGUGGAUGAUUUAGGUUUUAAGUACUACAAGCGCGAAGCAAGAGUCAACCGUAUAUACUUAGUGUGUGAACGGCAAAAAAGUCGGAUUUAUGAUUUUUGUCCUUGUACGGCAUCAGUAAGUUCAGAACUUCUUGAUAAUAGGAUAAAAAUUCGAAAUCAACACAACCAUGGACCUGCAAACAUCAAUUUACAUGUACCUUUUUUAAGA